UGGGAAAGCCAUGUGGUAAUACAGGUUAGGUAAAGGAGGUUGUGGGGUUGCUGCAAGGAGCAGUGAGAGCUGGCAUUAGGGGAGUGUCUCUGGGACGCCAGAGAUCACUGUCUAGCCUCCUGGUGGUAUUGUGGGACCAACUAGACGAAACACUGGUGAAAGGAGGUUCCCACCUGAUGACCCCAAAGACGUGUUAGUUAUCACUGCUCACUGGUCUGUAUAGUUAAGCCUUGGCAUAAUAGCUUAUCGUAGGGCUUAGGAGGUUAUUCACUGAGCGCUGAUCCUUUCUCUAGAGCACAAAUUUCUUGUGUUUAUUUGAACUAACGCAGACACCACUAGAGUCCACCGAUUACAUAACCUCAGUGCAGUCCGGCAGCAAUUAGCAGGUCAGUGGGAUACAAACACACAUGCACACACAGCUGGUCCGUCUAGUGAAACAAAAAACAGAGAAGCUUGGAUUCCAUUAUAUUAGGAUUUUCAAUAUAAAACAAACACUCAGUACAUCAUUUAAACUCAGACACAAAAAUCUUUACAGGUAGAAAAACAAAAAACAAAUCCUAGGACUUCAACAUUACUUGUAAAAUAAAAUAUACACAACGAUAGACGGUAUACUGCUACUCAGUUAGACCAUUACAAUUCACUACCCCUGAAAUACUCGAGUACAGGGCUCCAAAUUCUGACAAACAUUUGAUUCUCAAUCUUAUUGAGAACCUUAACCUUUCCAAGUACAACACAUCCAUCAGCUCUCUUAUCCAUAUAUCAUAUGUUGGUGCACACUGUGACUUCCACAUAAAUAGAUUAAGUUUCCUUGCCACAACUAAGCCAAAUGGCCUGAGUUUCACACUAGUCUGCCUAAGGUAACACACUCGUGGCACCUAGGACAGCAACUAGUGGGUUAGGUAGGCAUUAGAGAAACCUCCACUAUAUCUUUACAUAGCAAAUAGUAGUUUGCUGCUAUAUUAAUGUUCUGUAUGUCCUGUAGAGCUCCUUUUAUGAUACCAACCAAGAUGUCCUUAAAAACUAACAAACUUAAUCACUUAUUUUCUAAAAUUGCUUCACACAUAUGUUCAAGGUGUUGUAAGACACAGGACAUAGGUUACUUGAGUUCAGAAAGUUGGCAGAGGACUAAGAGGCACAUGACUUUACCAAUGCUGGAUUACCACAAGGCCUCCGGCUCACUGUUAUGCAAUUAAAUCCUGUCAAUUCCAUUGGCACUAUGCACCACUAAAGCAUAAUAUACCCUGAAGGGAUGAGGGCCAUAUUUACUUACUCUUCAGGCCCUGUCAAUCCCUGUGUCAAAAUACUGUUUAAUACAUUUAUUAUUAUUUAAGGAAUGCUUGCAAGGUGCAUAUUCCUAAAACAACUGAUUUAAAAAUGGACAGGUCGUCUUCCAGCAGAGGAGUACUGAUAUAAAAUACAAUAAAGCUUUUCACUGUUUUCUAAGAGACAAUAUGGAGGAGAUUCUGAACACAUUCAACUGUAGUUUUUCUUAAUGUUCUCAACUUAAGAUAAUCAGUAGAUUCAGAAAAAAAACAUCCUCACAGGGGAAUAAUUUUAGUUUCACUUUGUUGAACGGGCUCGUCCAGUCCACUGUUGACUGUGGUAUAAAAACAUCCGCUUGCGGGAAUUCCCAGUUGUUUCUGUGUCUGGUGCCCCAGUUAAGCAUUCAGGAGGACUUUUUUCAGCUGCAAUGGCAGAUCAGUCAGUGAAAAUAACUAUGGGUGCCUUAUGGAGCAUUCAAGUGGACCCCCCACCACCCAGACCCCCAAGACUAUCAGUUGGAUUCACAAUAACACAGGCUGUCUGCAUACUGGCACGAGUCGCCUUUGGUGCUGUGUAUUUCAAGGACUGCCCUCAGCAACCUAACAUUCCCAACUACCUGUUAGGGCUGGCUUUGGCACAGCUGCUGAUGAUACCAUUUGUGACCCUCCCGUGUGAGAGCCAUGCAGCUCAGCCACAGGAGCAGCCCAAAGGAUUCAAAGCCUGUCUGCAGUGUUUAAUAGCCCUGUUUAUCUUCGUAUGGAUCCUGGCAGGUGACGUGUGGGUCUUCUCAGUUUAUCAGCCCAACUAUGAUCCUGCAGCUGCUGAUGGUGUUUACUGUGAUAAGACUUUGUACACAUUCGCUUUCUGGAACGCAGUCUGGGAGACUUUUGCGAUUUUUAUCCUCCUGGCCCGUCUCUGCACAGGACUGGUGUUCUGUGUGACCCCUGUGCAUCAUUUGUUUUUCCUGGAUUGUCAGUUUUAAAUAAAGGUUAUUUAAACUGGGUGAAGCCCUCUGAUGUGAGCUCUGUGGUGGUCAGUCCAACAUCUCCAUCUCUCGCGAGAAGCUCUGACCA